GAAGGCUGAGGGAGGCGCACGGAGGAAAAGGAAGUGACCGUUGUUAGCGCCGUUCCUUAGAAACCGAAGCGAAGAUGAAGCGGCCAUUUAUUGAAAUAAUCUGAAAAAUACACAAGAGCGGGAGGUGGGGGAAGAUCAAGCGGGGAGGUUAGGCCCGGGGUUAGAGUGUGAGUGACGGGUCAGAGGGUAAAUGACGGGGUCAGGGGGUAAAUGACGGUGUCAGAUUGUGAGGCCUUUGAAAGGAGGCUGCAGCAGUGAAACCCGAGGUAGUGGCACUGAAGCUAGUGGCCGCCCAUGGAUAGCGACACGAACCUAGACGAGGAGGUGGAUCACUCCUUCUUUGACAGCGACGGCGAGCGGGGGCAGCAGGCGGCGGGGAGCAGGUGGGGUAGCAGCAGCCUCGGCCACUCGACACGGCCCUACUCCGGGAAGGAGCCCUACCGGGGCGGCGCGUCGGCGAUGGCGGCUGAAGAGAGAUGGAGCCGCAGAAGAUCGGGCGAGCGCGGCCUAGGAGGAGGAGGAGCAGCAGCGGUGGUAGUGUCCGCCGAGGAGAUGGACCCCGCCGAGGAAGAGAGGGGUAGCACCGCUUCGUCAGCCCCAGCCUCCACGUCCGCCUCCCCCUCGCCCCCAGACUCCCCUGCCCCAUACUCCCCAGACACCCCUUCAUCCCCUUCCUCGUCCUCAGCCAGCGGCAAGGGCACUAACGAGACCGUACUGAAAACCGAGGGCUCUCCCAACAGUUCAGCGGACGAGAGAACAAUUGACGAUGAAGAAAAAGAGGACACUAAAGCUCGACCCGGUUCCCACAGGAGCCAGGCUGGGAAUCAGAGUUCACAGCCCAGGUCCAAUGAAGCUGUCGAUACAGAUCCAGACGUGGGCGACUCCAAAUCGGCUGGGUCUUCCUCAUCUUCGUCGGAAGAGCAGUCUCAGUGUGUUUCUGCGUCCCUGCGCAAAUCCAAACCUUCCUCAAAAACAAGAAAAGGACAUCUCAAGGAUUCCUGCCAGGGCAAGAACCAGGACGAAGACGCCGAGGGUACAGUAACUGAUGUGACUGCUCUCUCUAGCCCAGAUAGCAGUCCUGUUCAUACCGUUCGCCGAUGUAAGCAAUCAAAGCCUAAAUCCCGUAGGAAAAAAAGCAGCAUUAAACAAGAAAACAUUAGCCAGGAAGUCUACAGCAGUCUGGACGCAAUAAGCUUUGAUAGGGAAACGGAUCAAGGGCGGCAAAAGUUCCGAAAGCAGAGGCAACAGAAAGAAGCCAAGAACAGUAACCCAUCUUCAAAGUCAGAUUCUUUGGAGCUCAAGAAGUUUGAUCAAAGACAUGGCCAGAAGAUCCUCAAUGAUGCCACUGACCUAAACCAGCUACUGAAAGCUAUGAUGCACUUGGAAAGGAGCGAGCUACGAAAGAUAGUGGCCGAUUUUCCGAAGAAGAAAUACAAGAAAAAUUACACAUUCAGUAAUGAAGAAGCUAGGCGAAUUGAUCGUGAAAAUCACAGAUUGUUACAAGAAUUGACACGAAAAGCCGCAAAACCAACAACUGUUGCAGCGAAGGCAAUCAUGCCUUCAACAAUUCGAGUUUAUCAUAGCACUCUAAACAGACAGCGGGAGCAAGAGAGAAUCGAACGAGAAAACUUGGCUUUUCUGAAGAGAUUGGAGGCAGUGAAGCCAACUAAAGAGCUGAGGCGUUCUAAUCAACUGAUGGAUUACCAACGACAGAUGUCAUUUGUGGAGUCCUCCUAUUCAUCGCAAAGCAGGCCACCAACAAGACUAAGUUCAAGAUCUGCCAGCCGCAAGAAUAUUCAUCCAGUGCCUAGCACAAAUGCCUAAGAUUCAGCUAAAUCAUUCGAACCUCUCUGAAUGGCCUGGUCAUAAAUGGUUAACUGAGCUAAGCUUAUUGUUACUGAUAAGUGACUUGUAUUCUGUGGCUACAUACUGUAUGUUUAAGACCAUUCUUAAACUGUAUUUUUAACAUAAAUCGAACUUCAUUAUUUCUGUCAAAUUGAGAUGUGUUUUUUACAAGUAUGCAUUGUGAGAUGAUAUCUGCUUAUACAUUUUGUACAAAAAGUCAUUUAAUAA